AAAUGAACACACUUUUAUAACUUAAAAUUAGAGAACGUAUAAAGAAGACAUUUGGAUUUAAUCCAAUAUAGAUUUUAUUCAACUGUUUGAUUUGAUCUUAUCAUUACGACGUUAUCCAAAAAUGAAAAAUUACAACAAAACGAUUACAGUUGAAGCUUUCUUUUUCGAAACAGUUUUCACUGCUGAUGCUCUAAGAAAUUUCUUUCGCACUUACUGGCAUUAUUCCAUUUUCAUAUCCAUUUUGUAUGUACUGGCCAUCAAGAUCCUUCAGCGUUACAUGAAAGAUCGACCUUCUUAUAACUUCAACCGUGCAUUCACCAUAUGGAACGGGAUUUUGGCUGUUUACAGUAUUUGCAGCUCAAUCAGAUUAAUUCCAAUAUUGUUCGAACAAUUUAAACAUUUUACUUUUUACGAAAUAGUUUGUAACAAAAGUAUUGUAGAAAAUACACCACCGAUUCUGUUUUGGGUUGCACUGUUUGUGUUUUCGAAACUUUGGGAAUUGGGAGAUACGAUUAUGAUAAUACUUCAUAAAAGAAAAUUGAUGUUUCUUUACAGUUAUCAUCAUCCUACUAUGUUGAUUAUGUCAUGGUAUGCUUCUUACAAAGAAUCGAGCUAUCUAGUCAUGAUUAUCUACGUUAAUCUCUUUGUACAUUCAUUAAUGUAUACCUAUUUUACUGUAAAAUGCAUGGGGAUUAAAAUUUCUUCGACAAUUGCCAUGUUCAUUACGGGGUUUCAAGUUGCUCAUAUGUUGUUUGGAGUAAUGCUUACAUGUUGGAUUUAUUGGUUGCUCUUAAAUGAAUAUCAAUGCGACACUCCUUUUGAUAUUUUAAAAUUCUGCUUUGUUGUAGCUCUGUCAUAUUUGUAUUUGUUUACCCAAUUGUUUUAUAAAUCUUACGUUUGCAGACCUAAGGUAAACGAAGAAAAAGAGAAAACACAAUAGUACGUUGUUUCGUGCUAUUGACUCAAAAUUGAAUUACUCAAAAAAUUUUUAAU